AUGACCCGUAUGCAGAAAUGGAGAAGGAGGAGGAGGAACGGUCUUGCCUCAUUCCUUGGUGCAGCUGACCAUCAGGAGGUGGAGGAGUCUGCUGCGGACCGCCAGGAGGCAGCUGAGUCUGCAGCAGUUCUUCCUGCAGCCCACAGAAGCAGCAGGAGGAGGAUGAGGAGGAGGAGAUGGGUUCCUAUGUCUGCUGCAGCUCGCCAGGAGGAGUCCAAUUCCGCUGCAGCUUCCCUAGAGGCUGCCAACAUUCCAUCUACCUCAUUAGUAGCCAUCCCCCAGUCUAACCCCUCAUCAGUGGCCACCGCCCAGAUCCCUGCGGUCACCGCCAAGUCUGUACAGUCCCCUGUGGUCGUCAACAAGCCUGUCCAGCUCCCUGUGGCCAUCAACAAGCCUGUCCAUUCACCAGCGGCCACUAUCCAGUUCCCUGCAGUCGCCGCCCAGUUCCCUGUGGUCACCGCCCAGUCUUUCCAGUCCCAUGUGGUCGUUGACAAGCCUGUCCAGCUCUCUGUGGCCAUUGACGAGCCUGUCCAUUCACCAGCGGCCACCGUCCCAUCCCCUACAUCACCGCCCAGUCUGUCCAGUCUCCUGUGGCUGCUGCCUGACCUCAUCUCCAACUCCUACCUGGAGCCUUUUCCCAGGCCGCCAGACAUUGCCCUCUACCUGGAUCCUCUUCCCAGGCCACCAGACCCCGCCCCCUUCCUUGACCCUCCUCCCAGGCCUCCGGACCCUGACCCCUUUCUUAAGCCUUCCUCCUGGUUUCCCCCACCCUCCCUCCCGUGGUUACUUCUUCCUGUGCCUCCAGCCUUCCUGUGUCUUUUCAUUUGUUGUAGGUGGCAGAUUGAAGGUUUGAGCUGGGAUCCGGUUGAGUGUGGAUCAAAGAGAAUCUCUCUACCAAGAGAGAAGAUGUGGUUUCCAGACAUUGUCAUCAAUGAAUUCAUGGAUGAAAACAGAGCACCGGAAACAUAUUACGUCUAUGUUACUUCCACUGGUGAAGUGAUAGAUGGAAUGCCAAUUCAUGUGAUCAGCUCCUGUCGACUUGACAUCUACACCUUUCCAUUUGAUAUUCAAAACUGCACAUACACUUUCAACUCUUACAAACACGACAUUCAGGAUGUUCAGCUGUUCUUCUUUAAACCGGUGGAGGAUAUAUUCAAGCAGUCUCUUAAAGCAAUGUCAACUGAAGGAGAGUGGGAGCUGAUUGACAUGCAGGGAGAAAAACCUGUGCAGAUCUAUAUGGAAGGGGGAUGGGAUGUACUCAUUUUUCAUAUUGUCUUGAGACGUCGAGCUACGCUGUAUGUGGUGAACCUCCUUAUUCCCAGCUGCUUUCUUCUUUCAGUGGAUCUGUUCAGCUUCCUACUGCCUCCCCAGAGUGUGGAUCGUGCUUCCUUCAAGAUGACCCUCAUCCUGGGUUACACCGUGUUCCUGCUUCUAAUGAAUGACCUGCUGCCUGUCACAGGAAACACCUUACCUCUUCUAAAUGUGUUCUUUUCUUUCUGCAUGGCCUUGAUGGUGGCAAGUCUCCUGGAAACUAUUCUCAUCACUAAUAUCCUCUGUGGUUCCAGUAACUAUCCUCCGUUACCUAAGUGGAUCAGGAUUCUGGUGCUGAAGUAUCUUGCACGACUUGUUUGUCAGGGCAAGAAAUCUUUUGAUCAAAAAUCUGAGAUCACUGUCUAUGAGAACAGCAUGACUAAAAUCACAAAGAAAGAAUCAAUUAGUGCAAAACCACUGACUCUCCGGGAACAGUGUUUAGAGGAAAUGAGGAAUAUGAGUAAAGAUUUAUUGGCUAUCCGCCACCAGGUUGAAGAGCACUUCAUUAAUGAUAACAGAACAGAUGAAUGGAUCCUCUUUGGUCAGGUCAUUGACCGUGCACUCUUUAUCCUGUAUUUUCUCUUUAUAACUAUAAGCUCUAUUACAAUUAUUGUUCUGUGGGCACACUCCUUUAAUUACGACAAAAAUUAUUAG